AUGGUUCUUGUACAUGUGCUUACUGUUAGUGAAAUGAGUUUCACUAAUUAUUACUCUCUUUUACAGGAAAAAUAUCAAGAAAUACUACAAAAUCAGACACAGACUCAAUCUGAAGUUGAUCAAUGUGAAGCCUAUUACGAAGCCGCAGGAGGGGUAAAGAAAAGAAGAAUAUAUGGUCUUGGAUCUCAAGCACAAAUAUAUUACGGGCCGAAUCUUCGUCCCUCUUCUAAUUCUGAUGCUACAUCCUCAGUACCACCUCCGAAUGCUCAACUAGCAGUGAAUGGAAAUUUGGAUGAGUUAGUGACACAAUUAAUUCCUGCACUGACUGAUAGCAUCAUUCCUGCACUGACUGAUCGCUUGCUUCCUAUAAUUAUUGAGCAAGUACGUGAAUUGAGUCCUUCAGUCUCUUCUCAGACAGACACUCCUAAUGACCAUCCAUCAUCUAUGGCACCUAUAGUUCCAGCUCCAGCUGCUGCCAACAUUGAUCAAGUUCAUGCAUCGGUUUCUGGUGAUGAUCGUGGCUCUCCAGUAUCUCAUUAA